AUUAUGUAGUUCGUAUGACCUUAUUAAGAAAAAGAACUAAAGGAUUAUACUUCUCCAUAAGUGAUCGUAAGAGGAUUGCAUCAUGGACACUGUUGGAGUUAUUUGUGUGGACACCGAAGGACAAAUACCUUCUGGUGCCUUAAGUGGGGGUAUUGCACUGAAGGUUAGUGGGCGAGUGGGAUUAGCAGCAAUGCAUGGUUCAGGCUGUUGGGCAUCCUCCAAAGGUUUUUUUGUGGCGCCAUGUAUAGUUGGCUGUUGUGUAAGUGGUGCUGGAGAAUAUCUAAUGAAAGGAUUUGCAGCUCGGGAGUGCUGCGUCUCUUUGUCACUUUCACAGGCAGGUCCUGCCUCUGCUUGCAUGAAAGUUUUGCGCUCGGUUGUUCAAGAGAGUAAUCACAAUUGUACUGAUAGAAGUGCUGGAAUUCUACUUGUGCAAGCUGAUGAUCCCACAACAGUUUCAGGAAGUUCUCCAAAGUUGAAAGCCAUAGAGAUUGCAGCUGCUUUCUCUUCCUUAUCCUUUGGAGUAGGAUACUUUGGAAGCUCUAUGGAGCGGCCCAAGGUAAUUAUCUGAGUCUGUUUGAUCUUUUUAUUGCUAUCUUUUUCUUCUAUUUGUUAUAAAUAUUUUGGGCCUUGUUGAUCUUUCAGGACUUCAAAGAUCUCAUUUUGUGAUUA